CACGGGCGCAAAGUCGCGGGCACCAACUAGUAAAUAUGACGUAGUUUAUUAUCAGUCGCAGUACAACGCAAAUAUACAAGUGAACAAAGAAAAGUUAUCGCCUCACGUGUGCCAUUUAUAGUAUACAAUGCUUUAUCUAGUACAUCCGGAUAUUUAGUUGAACUGUACAUUGUGUGUAUCAGAGUAGUAAGGAACAUCACUAUGGUGACUGGUGGUCGUGUUGAAAAAAAUAAAAUGGAAAUUAAUGAUAGUGAGGAUAUUGCUGAUAAUAAUAAAUGGGGAUACGUUGUUUGUUUUGGCACAAUCAUAACAUUUAUUGCAGGAAUUGGUCAUGUGAAUUCGUUUGGACUUAUUUAUAAUGAUUUCAUUAUUGAAACAAACUCUACGGCAAAGUCAUUGACCACCGCACAUGGAGUGUUCGCCAUAAUGCUCGCUAUUGGAGGACUAGUCCUCAAUAUGAUAAUUAAAAAACGCUCUUUAAGAUUUGGUGGAUUACUAGGAGCAUUUACAUUAUCAGUUGGAUCAUUAUUAACAAUAUUAAUAACAAAUACUAACCAACUGCCCAUAACAUUUGGAGUUCUGCAAGGCGUUGGUUUCGGAAUGAUGGUGCCGGUUUGUUAUUCAACAUUAAAUUAUUAUUACGUCAAGAGAAGAACGCAAGUAAUGAGUGGUAUAAAAGCACUGCAAGGAUUUAUUCUAAUGUGGUAUCCACAAUUGAUAAAGCUGUUUAUGACAGAAUACGGAUUCAGAGGGACAUUGUUAAUAAUAUCAGGAAUAUCGUUGCACGGCUUACCAGGGAUGGCUGUAAUGAGGCCUAAGCCAUUAAGAAAUUUCCGAACCGCAAAAGACACCAAGAAUGUUGGUGAACAAGAAGAUUUAUUGAAUGUUGAAAAUGGAAAGUUAAACGCGCUAAAACUAAAUGAUAAUAAAACUGAAAACCAAAGAGACAACGGCAAAAUAAAAGAAAUUAGACACGAAUUGUGGAAAUUACUCAAUAUAAAAGUGUUAAGAGAUCCAGUUUUCUACAACAUUUGUGUGGGACAGAGUUUUGUGAGCUUCUCUGAUCUGACAUUCUUCAUUUUGCUGCCGAUGCUUUUGUUUCAGUACAAAUACACUGCGACUCAAGUGGCAACAUGCGUAUCUAUCACCGCGGCUGCUGACGUCGCUGGCCGCUGCAUCCUCGCAGUGAUCAGCAGUAUUAUUAAUAUUAAUACAAGACUUCUCUAUUACAUAGCCACGUUCUUCACACUUAUAGUACGGAUAGUAAUGCUGCAGCUCCAUGAGUUCGUUUAUAUCGCUGUUGUUACGGGUAUACUGGGCGUACUCCGCGCGUGGCUGCACGUUGCCAGCCCGUUGGUGAUAGCGAGUCAUGUACCUCAUGGCGACUUCCCCGGCGCUUACGCUCUAAGCAUGUUAGCCGCUGGAAUAGUGAACGUUGUCUUUGCACCGUUUAUAGGUUUGGUCAAGGAUGAAUAUGAAGACUACGUUCCGGCAUUUUAUGCUUUAGUGGCAUGUUGUACUCCUUGUUUGGUAUUCUGGCCAAUAGAAUAUUUGAUGACUAAAAAAUAAGGUGUCUAAACUUAAUGAAUUUACUAUCAGUAUUACGAG